AUGAGAAGAAGAAACACUAGGAUGAAGUUCAGUGUGCUCUCAAGCCUUUUACUAGUAUAUCUCUUGGUCAUGACUGUCCAAGGGGACUCAUCAUCACCAAGCGUUGUUCCAGGUUAUGAAGGGGACAAAAACAAGUUUGAGGUGACUGGAGUUACAGCCAUGGCUGCUCAAAAGGAACCAUUUGAUCAGAGAGGUGGAGCUGUUCAUAUGAGGAAGCUAGGGCUUGGAGGUAAGAAACUUACUACACAAGAAGAGACAAGCAUGGAUUCUAAGAAUGGAAAAGGAGCAUAUGAAGGAGGAACUUCAAAGAUUUCAGGUAAGGAGAAUGAUGGUUUGAAGAAGCCUUUCGGAAGCUUAGAAGAACAAGAGAAUGAUCAUCAGAAGCAUAUGAUAAUGGGGUCAAAGGCUUAUUUGAAAUUCACCAAGUUUGUGAAGUGUGCAAAAGGUUGCAAUGGCGUGCCAUCAAUUAAAGCCAGCUUAGAGAGUUCCUCAAGGUCUGAAGAACCUCAUCAAGGUGCUGCUCCGAAAGAUGAAACCAAAAGUCUUGUUGAUGCUGCAAAAGAGGUUGCAAAUCUGAUAUAUAAGGAUUAUAAGGGAAGGCCAAGUCACAAGCCACCCAUCAAUAAUCAUGAGCCUAGAAAUUGA